UGAAGACAUUUUGCAUUUGGAGUACUUUUGAAGACACAAGCUGGGGGACAAGUUCAAGCACCGGGCAUGAGUUCACAGACAGAGCCCUGCAGUGGGAGGAGAGGAGAGUGAAAACAGCUUCAGGCUCCUCUGCUUAAUCAGGAUGGGCUGCGCUUGCAGUGACAAGAAACAGGUACAGGAUGACAACUACAAAAUAAAAUUCACCACUCAGGCCUCUAACCAAUCCAAUCACAUAGCACGAAGUGAACGGACCCUUACAGAUACUGAUGAUGUUGUUUUCAUGGCACAACAUGACUUCGAAGCAACCAACGACAGGGAUCUACCUUUCAAAAAGGGAGACAAACUUAAGGUUUUACAAGAUGAGGGAGAAUGGUGGAUGGCUAAAUCUUUGGAGACCGGACAGGAAGGCUACAUCCCGUGUAAUUAUGUUGCCAGAGCAGAUACACUGGAGGUGGAAAAAUGGUUUUACAGGGACAUAAGUAGGAGAGAGACCGAACGUAUGCUUUUAGCCCCAGGAAACAAACCCGGGGCCUUUCUGAUUCGAGAGAGCGAGACCAGCAAAGGGUCCUUCUCACUGUCAGUCAAAGAUCAUGUACCAGAACAAGGAGAUGUGGUAAAACACUACAAGAUUCGCUGUCUGGACAAAGGUGGUUACUACAUCUCCCCCUCCAACCCCUUCACAUCUCUACAGAAACUGGUUCAAUACUACACCCGCGCAUCAGACGGUUUGUGCCAGCGGCUGCAUGCUCCUUGUAAGGAGAAGGCCCCCGAGCUGCCAUGGGCUCCUGAUGAAUGGGAGAUUCCCAGAGAUACCCUGAAGAUGGUGAAGAAACUGGGGGCCGGGCAGUUUGGAGAAGUGUGGAUGGGUUACUACAAGAACACCCAGAAAGUGGCUGUAAAGACUUUAAAGGAGGGAACCAUGGAGCCGGCAGCCUUCCUUCAGGAGGCCAACUUGAUGAAGCAGCUGCAGCACGAGCGGCUGGUGCGCCUCCAUGCUGUGGUCACCAAGGAGCCCAUUCUGAUCGUCACUGAGUUCAUGAUCAAUGGAUGUCUUCUGGACUAUCUAAAAUCAGAUGAAGGGAAAAAGCUCAAGAUGAAUAAGCUGAUAGACAUGUCAGCGCAGAUUGCUGAAGGCAUGGAGUACAUCGAGGGGAAGAACUACAUUCACCGAGAUGUGCGUGCAGCCAACAUUUUGGUCAGCGAUGACAUCCACUGCAAGAUAGCAGACUUUGGUUUGGCCAGGAUCAUCGAAUCAGAAUACACAGCUCAAGAAGGAGCCAAAUUUCCCAUCAAAUGGACGGCUCCAGAGGCCAUCAACUUUGGCACAUUCAGCAUCAAAUCAGAUGUGUGGUCCUUUGGGAUCCUCCUCACAGAGAUAGUCACAUAUGGAAGGAUACCCUACCCAGGGAUGACCAACCCAGAGGUGAUCAGGAGUCUAGAUCAGUCGUACAGGAUGCCGUGUCCGGACGGCUGCCCUGAGGAACUCUAUGAUGUUAUGACUAUGUGCUGGGGGCAGAGGUCUGAGGACCGGCCCACGUUUGAGUUUCUGCAGAACACUCUCAACGACUUCUUCAUCGCCACGGAGGGACAAUAUGAGAUGCAGCCGUGAUUAAAGAGAAGGUUUCCUGCUGAUAACAUUGAAGACCACAACAUGUCCUGAAGACAGAUGUGAGACUUGCAUGGGUAAAGGAUGAGGACCAACCAAAGAUAUAUAUUUCUUAAGACUUUUUCAAACAUUUCAAAUGAACAGAAUUUUGUACUAUAUCUUAUUAGUGAUUUUGAAAGUUAUUCAUAGCUGAUUAUGCAGCGACAGUAAGAGCUUCUGAAACAAGUUGUAGUCAAAAAAGGAAAUGUUAAGGGUUGCCAACUACCCUGGUAUUGAUGGCUCACAUUGUAGUAUGAGAAGACAUAAUUAGGAUUUGGUUAAAAGAAGAAAUAUUGAAAUACAUAUACAGUCCAUGCGUGCUGUUAAAAGGCAUAUGGACCCAGCAAAGUUGGACCAGGUAGAGUUAAAGAUUAAUCAAUUGCAUGGCACAGAAACGAGCAGCCUGAGAAUACAUGCACAAUAAUUUGCACUUUCCCACCCCCCUUUAUUAUUCCUUUCAAUGGAUGCAGGAAAGGGGCUUUUGUAGGAGUGUUUGUACUUGCAAACAUGUUCUAUGUAAAUAAAGAUAUUUACAUCUUA